AUGGAGCGGCCCCGCUGCGGGAAGGCACCGCGGAAGAAGCGCCGCUUGUCCCCGCUGCCGGGGCCGGUCUCGCUGCCGGGCGGAGCCGUCGGCCUGGCCGGUGCCUCCCAGCGGUGCCGGCGGCGCCUCUUCGACAGCCGGAGCCCCCGCGGGUCGAGGCCCGGCAACCCGAAGAGGAAGCCCCGUGUGAAAACCCUCCCCGAAAUUACAGAAAACCUUGAAGUCACCCAAGUGAGAGAUUCGCGCAACCCAAGCAAUCAAGUGAAUGUCAAAGAAACAACAGACCCAGAUAAAAGAGAAGAGGCAGCUGAAGAAAGCAGUGUACCGCUGAAGGAGUCCCUGACAAUCAACAAUGAAAGUAAAGACAGUUUGAAAAAUGCUGACGUGACUUCAAGUACAGGAAUGACUCUUCCCACAGGUGUCACAACCUGUCUCCUAGAGUGUUUAGAUGUAGAUUCAACUGUAGAUUGUAACACAGGUGCUAGCGACAACCUGAACAGUUGCCCGUCCCCUGAAAUAUUCAGAGAUGAUGAUUCAGAAAGAAGUCAUUUUCACACUGAGGACUUCAGCAAGUACAGGAACUCUACUCUCCUGGACUCCAGCAAAGCAGUGGCCAUAGAUAAGAUGCCACAGAUCUCAGAUCUGUCAGCAAUAUUAGAACCUGUACCGGAGGAUUUUCAAUGCCAGGGCACCAGAAGAAAGAGACCACCAAAUUUCCAAUACAGCUCUUCAGCACUGAGUGUUUCAACUACUCUGGCAGGGAAAAAAGUCUGUAGAAUUACAGCUGCAAGAGAGAGAACUCCGGUCCUAAAAACUGGCAUGCGCCAUCCUUCACCGUUAGGACUGGAAAGAAAGCCUGACACUCAAACUGCUAAACCCAAAAGGCUGAAGUGUAAGAAACGAGAGAAAACUAACACAUCAGAAGAAGCUGCAUCGUUGUUCACUCAGGUUGAUGUGCCAGCAAACACGUCAGCCAGAUCAGCGGGGCUGACUGCAGAAGAACUGCCAGCCAAAGAGGCAGAUGCUGUGGUGCCAAGGAGUUCCAGGAGUUUGCUGAACAAAGAGGAAAAUAAAGCCUUGAAGAAUCUUGGUUGUGCUCAGCCUGCAGAGCUAGAUCCUCUGUGUGCCAGACAAGAAAUCUGCUCCAUUGUUAGAACUUCACCGUGUCAGAGGCCCCCCAGGCUUUGCCAAAUCCCAGUUAGCUCAAAAGCAUUUUCCCUUCCCGAAGGAGUGCCUGAAGAUAUUAUUACAAGUACCAAAAACUGGAUCUACUGUAAACGCAGAUGAGGCUUCUGGGUUUCAGCAGGAUCUGAUAGAAGAAAACACUGUCUGCUGCUGUGGAAAGAGGUGAAACACAGCUACAAAUCAGUAAUUAAUGGCCCUGUUUUCUUGGCCAUAUACAUUGUUUGAAUUUAGUAGAAUACUUUGCAAUAAGCUUGUAAAUACCUGACUCAGUUACUUCAUAUUAAAUUAUUUUGUACAAGCAACUACAUCUUAUUCUGGGCAUUGUUCUGCAAGGACUCCAUAAAGAUAAUUCUUCAGUUCAUUUAGAUUUUACAAACGUGUGACUCGGGAAGAGCAGAACACAUUGUAUUCAUGGAAUUAAUUCUGCCUCUUGCUCUGCUGCUGCUCUAGACAUAUCCACUAUCAUACUGCAGUCCUUCCCAUUUCAUCAUGGUUCUUUUGUAGUAUCGCCCCUCUCAGUCAGUGUUUCUUCUAGUGGCUUCAGAUUUGCGCAGAGGAAUAGGUGCCUUACGUGAAUACAAGGGUAGAAAAACCCUUUUUGUAGCUAAACUAUCUCAAGAGGAGGAAAUUGGCAUUCUGGAUUUUGAGGUUACUGUUUCAGGCACAUAGGUUGGAUUCCCAGUGUUUCCAGUUCAGCUCAUGGAUUGUUAAUCCAUAAACAUUGUUCUUCACCAGUGUGCCAAAUGCUUCUGGAAACACUGACAAGAGCACAGUUCCCCUCCACUUGAAUUCACUGUAGGCUAAAGUAAUCUUGAUCCCUGCAGCAUUCUCACCACAACACCCCUCACUCAGACUCUUCUGUGCACAUAAAGGAAGUUUUUCAGGGUUUUCACAUGAUAUCAUGGCUUUCCAAGCCUCUCAAAGUCUGUUUCUCAGUAUGAUCACCCAGAGUAUUCAUGCCCUGGACAACAGUUCUGUAUUUCCAGAAAGAGCAUGCCAAGCAGAUGUCUAAAAUCCACAGCUUUAAUUACUUUGACUACAUCUGAAAACACCUGUGAUAGUUCAGACCCUGAUCCUUUUCCCCAUUACUGUGGGCUAGAAGGAAGUGCCAAUAAAUGCUGCUAGAUUAGCUCAUGAGCAAGUGUUGUAUAAACACACUGUAUGGCUUAAGGUUAAAAAUGAUGCCAUUACGUUGUUUUUCCUUUCAGCAUUAGCAGCAUGAGUUCUGCCAAUAACUCCUUGGAGUCCUCUGCGUUUUGCUUCUCAUUAUCAAUAGCCUUGUUCUUACAAAUACUGAGCCAUGGGUAAUUAUGCAAGAAUCUAGAGCCCCUGGGAGGCAGAGGUGAGCUCCUCCACGUAGUUUUAAGCAAAAUUGCAAGUUAUGUAUCUGGUAAGUUGUGAUUGUGAUGAUUGCUCGAGUAAAGGAUGGUCCAGAAUAAAAGAGCUGUUUUGCUGUAAGGGUAUUGUAGGAGUCCCAGGAAAACCCCCUUCUUUUGCUCCAAACCAUUCUGUAGUUCCUUUACACGAACCAGACUAAUACUGACAAACUAAUUGGGGGAGUGUAAGAGAGGAAAAUGCAGCCUGUACCUGGGGAGUUGGUUGUAGCCUGAAUAUUGCUGAGUUACGCUUUUGUUUCUCUUGAUGCGAGGAGGCUGUACAGGAGGAUAAAAAUAUCAUGAACCACACUCUCCCUUGUCCUUCCAUUCAGUUAUGAAAGCGCUGCUUCUUAUUGCCAUCUUUUGUCUGACUCUUGGAGAAAGCGUAAUUACCCACCAGGCCAGCUCCCUGCCCCAGGGAAGGCCAGUUAAUUCAUUCUGAGGCCGCAACAAUAUCUGCUCUUGUUCUGCUUUUCUCCAAGGGAAGGCAUUUUCCCAUGGUUUGGUUUUAAACUGAAGAACGACCACAUCAGAUUUCAUUCAGAGUGGAAACGGGCUCUUCCAUAUUAGUGGAUAAAGGUUACGGGUCACAGCCGGUUCAUGGGUAGCACAGAAGAGCUUAGUUUUGCAGUGACUGAGGGGAGAAACAUGCUCAGUGUCUGCAGGGCUGCUUGGCACAGCCUGGAUGUGCUAAAGUGUGAAUGGCUUCAAUGGAAUCACUCGCAGUGAGUUAGUCCAUGCGGCAACUCAGGUAUGUUCAUCACUAGUGUGUUUAGUGAAUUAAAAAACCUCUGUAAGAGGUUUUUCAUUAACACUGUUCAGUUGGGUUUAUCCUCUCAAGUGUAUUUCUAGGAGACUUUAAGUGCUUGGAGACAAUGAAAGACGUUCGCUUCUCGUAGUGCAGUACUACAGGGUCGAUGUGGUAGCUGGUGGAGGGGAAAGACCAGGCAUGGAAGUGGUUCUGUUGGGGCUCCUCACCUCUAAAUACUGAAGGGAGAGAUUUGGGGCCAAGGCAAUGUGCACUGAAUGGUCACUUCAGUUAAACCUCUUGCUCUCGGUGUAGGCAGGAAGAUUUAUCUACAGGAAGGCUGAUUGUGAGGAAUCAUUAGAUAGAUGUUACGCACUAAAUUAUGCCUUUUAAAAAUCAUCUGCUUAAUUUAAUCUUACAUCAUGUUUAGUUCCAUUCCAGUUUCUAGGGAAAGCACGUGAGUCACUUUUGUUAGUCCUUAAUUAAACUUUCUAGUAGUGUUGCAUCUGAACAGUGAGACGCUGAAGGAGGCUUUGCUGUAACCAGUGCUUCCAUUUCAUUUAAGCAUUCACCAAUAAAGAGUUUUGCAGAAAUCC